AACUCUUCAAAUUACAUCUCUUCCAGCUCUGAGCAAAUACCUCACUUUCUUCUAUAGCCCCAGUCUGUGUGACACUACCUACCUACCUGCCCCACCAUGGCUCAUAUGAACAAGACCCCUCCCACAGACAUGGAACGGACCAUGGAGGAGACUAUCGUGAUAUUCAACCGUUAUGCUGGAAGGGAUGGAGACAAAGCCACCAUGAGUUUCAAAGAGUUUGAGACCUUCAUGAAAUCAGAGCUUAAUUCCUUCACAGCGAAUCAGAAGGACCCAAAAAUUCUGGAAAAAAUUAUGGCUUCAGUGGACGGAGGUGUGGAUGGAAAGAGAGACAACCAGUUGAACUUCCAGGAGUUUUUCAAUCUAAUUGGUGGGAUGAUGGUGGCAUGUCACGAAGCUUUACUCAAGGCACCCCCUUCACAAAAGCAACCAGUUGCAAAAACUCCCCCUACUGAUAUGGAAAAGGCAAUGGAACAAAUAAUCCGGAUAUUCCAACACUACGCAGGCAAGAAAGGAGACAACAGUCAAAUGAACUACACAGAAUUUGAGGCCUUCAUGAAAGCAGAACUCAAAUCUUUCACAGAUAACCAGAAGGACCCAAACAUUAUCCGCAAACUCCUGGAAUCGGUAGAUGGAACUGUGGAUGGGAAAUGUAACAAAGAGCUUGACUUCCAGGAGUUUAUGAAUCUCAUUGGCGGAAUGAUGGUGGCUUGUCACGAUUCUUUUAUUGCGCAUAUGAAGAGGGUCUAAAAAAAUCAGCUAUAUUUUUUUUUUUUUGAUGCAAAGGGGAAAAUGUACAAUGUUUUUCAAUAAAAUGUAAUUUGUAAUGACA